ACUUACGAAAAGUCAGACCAUUUACUUACUGUUAAUUUAUGCUAUAGCUGCGGGAAUUGAUUAAUUUUUGUUUGCAGUUGUCACUAAUUAAACCUAGUCCGCGUGAGAGACUGUUCGAGGCUGUUUAGAGUGCGGUCCAUCGACCUUCGUUCGUACUGCAUUACCAUACGGUGUUGUUACACAACACACAAGGCUCAGCGUGACGAGUUGUGUACAGAUGGACGCGGCUCUAUUCAUAUGUGCCGGAUUAUAGCAAAGACUUUAACGAUAACUCCACAGUAUUAACUGCCUCAGGUGCGGAGAACUUCCCCAUGCCGUUUUUACAGCCGGGUAAAUCCGUUGUGUUUGUGGUUUCGAAGAUACCGCGUAACGUGACAAUGGAUAAGUCGCUAAGCGUAAAUAUAUGGCCUGCUACUUGAACACAAAUUCGGGAUCAUCAGGGACUAUUUUACUGUCCCGUCUGUUUUUAUCUAGACAUGGUGUACGGUCUUUUACUUGAAAAUGUCAGCAGUCUAUUGACCAGCCGAUAUGGCGAAGAUACUUGGCACAAAAUCCGCGAGAAUGCCGGCGUUCAACAACACACUUUUGCUAUACACAAUAUUUAUUCGGACUCGAUAUUUCAGCGGCUAGUGAGUUCAGCUGAGGAAAUCACUGGCGAGGACCGUAACAGCCUACUCGAGUCAACUGGCGCUCUUUUUGUAUCGUUCAUCGGACAAUUCGGAUACGACAAAAUAUUACGGAUUCUCGGACGACACAUUCGCGAUUUUUUAAAUGGCCUCGAUAACCUUCAUGAAUUUAUGCGAUUUACGUACCCCAAGUUAAAAGCGCCGUCAUUUCAUUGUAGCGAAGAAACGGAGCGCGGAAUGAAACUCCACUAUCGUUCAUCGCGUAAGGGAUUUCUUUAUUAUGUAGUAGGACAGAUUAGGGAAGUCGGGAAAAUGUUCUAUGAUCAACAAAUUGAGGUGGAAGUUCUCGAGCAGCACGAGAGUAAGGAAGGCUUUGUGGCUGUCAUGCAAUUGUAUUUUGACAACAGAGCUUUCAUCUCCGCUCGCAAGCGACCUAAACGUCACUCAGUCAUUUCUCUUGGUGGCGAAACGGAUAGUUUGAGUAUCCACAUAGAUGUCUUCUACGAGGUUUUCCCCUUCCAUGUUGUCUAUGACAAAUCCAUGACCAUCACGAGUGUCGGAUCGAGUUUGGAAGCUGUGCUGCCAAAUCUGGUUGGUUGUAAAAUCACAGACGAAUUCUCACUCAUCAGGCCGUUUCUGGACUUCUCCUGGGAAAGUGUAUUUGUUCACACAAAUGUAGUUUUCGAGCUGCAGUCACGAAGCAAGGCACUGAGCAUGCGCAAGAAUGGCAAGGUGCAAAAUGGCUUAUUGAUGGGUUGCCCAAUAAUGGACGCGCUUGGUGAAGGCGUCAAUGGUAACCAUGACAACAACCACAACGUGACCGAGUUUGACAGCAGAAUUCACCUCAAGGGUCAGAUGAUGUACAUCGACGAGUGGAAGGCAAUGGCUUACCUAGCCACGCCCAUCAUUCAGAACCUUGACGUGAUGUGUCGCAUAGGGCUGUUUAUAAAUGAUCUGAGCAUGCACGACUCCAGUAGAGACCUGGUGCUCGCCGGAACUCAGCAGUCCGCAGAACUGAAACUCGCCCUGGAUCAGGAAGUGCAAAAGAGCGCCAAACUUGAAGAAAGCAUGCGUGAACUGGAUAACGAGAAGCUUCGUACGGACGCUCUUCUCUACCAAAUGAUUCCCAAAACAGUGGCAGACCGACUGCGUAAAGGCGAACCCGCACUCAACACAUGCGAGACGUUCUCGAAUGUGACGAUCCUGUUCAGUGACGUCGUUGGUUUCACCACCAUCUGCUCCCUCAUCGCGCCAAUGCAGGUUGUCACCAUGUUAAACUGCAUGUACACAACCUUCGACAAACUAAGCGAGAAGCACAAUGUUUAUAAGGUGGAGACCAUCGGCGAUGCGUACAUGGUGGUCAGCGGUAUCCCCGAACGCACCAAAUACCACGCCGAGCACGUGGCAGACAUGGCGCUGAACAUGCUGUCGGCCAUGCCCGAGAUCGAGGAUCCCGCGGGACUGAACGAACACUUGAGGAUACGAAUAGGGAUACACACCGGUACGGUGGUGGCGGGCGUGGUCGGCCUAAAGAUGCCGCGGUACUGUCUCUUUGGUGACACCGUCAACACUGCGUCUAGAAUGGAGUCUACAGGACUGGCAAUGGCUAUUCACGUUAGCGAAGACACUCAGAAAUUUCUUGCAAAAGCAAAUUACGCGCUAAAGCAGCGAGGAAGCAUGGAUAUCAAGGGUAAGGGAGGCAUGAAGACAUACUGGUUACUUGGACACUUGGACGGCUCAUUCUCCCGCGAGAGGAGCGCGUAUUCGCGGUCACAAAUGGCAUCAAGAGAAAGUAGCACGGAAGACUUCAUGCUUGGAAGCUCAUUCAAUUCUCGCGUCUCUAUGAAUCCCGUAGACCUGCCUGCAGGCGACCAUAUAAGCGCGCCCGAUUCAGAGGGGAUGCCUGUGGCGUACUACGGUCACUGUCCCCACACCCCUCGGGGCACGCAGGACGGAAUGCGCGUUCGCUGGGAUGAUGUGGAAGUAAAACAAUCGCCAAAAGAGAGUCAGAACAACGAUGUUAAAAAAGUGAGGGAGGUUAAACCUUUCAUUGCGAAACCGAGACAAGAGGAGAAAGAGAUCAGACCCCCAGCCAAGUCACGUGGUCUGGUCAUGACGUCUUACUGUACAGUUCUAUGAUAAGCAACGGUUACGGUUAAUUAAAUGUGUUGCGUAGUGAUUAAAUCGUGUACAUUUUGUAUAUAUAUCCGGGGGUCCUUAGAUACUAUUUAACAAUAAUUAGAUCGUGUACAUUUUGUAUAUAUAUCCGAGGGUCCUUAGAUACUAUUUAACAAUAAUAAGUAAAAAUGUCAUUCGCAUAUUAUUGCGAAUCCUGUGAGCUGAUUGGUUCGCUUGUUGAUUUGAAACUACAUGGCGAUUUACCAAGAAAAAAGGACAUCUUAACUGCAA